AUGACGGAGAAAAUGAGUCCAAGGGAAGAUGAUCUCCCAAAAGCUAUCUCCACUAUAGUCUCCACACCCGUUGAGGCCAAGCCCCAAGCCCCACAAACAGGCGUGCCAAUCGGUCUGGUUGCGGCCUUGGCAGGCAUAUCACUUACGAUAUUUAUUGGAGCGUUGGAUAUGAACAUAACCGCAACGGCGGUGCCGUCUAUCACUGAUGAAUUUCACUCAUCUGCUGAUUCUGGCUGGUAUGGGUCCGCAUAUCUCUUGAGUGUCUCUAGUCUACAGCUUUCAUGGGGCCGCCUCUACAAGAUCUUUCCCGCCAAGUGGACUUUCUUGUCCGCUUUGACUGUCUUCGAAGUCGGGUCCCUUCUAUGCGGCACUGCCCCGAGCUCCACAGCUUUCAUUGUCGGCCGAGCAAUUGCAGGUAUGGGAAUAGCUGGGGUAUUUUCCGGGGCUAUGAUUAUUGCAUCUUACACAAUUCCCUUGCGAUUCCGUCCCUUGGUGAAUAGCGGCCUUGCUGUCUUGAUGGGAUCAACUCGGGCUUUAGCCCCGAUUGUUGGUGGCGCAUUGACUUCCACGGUUGGCUGGCGCUGGUGUUUCUACCUGAAUCUUCCUUGUGGUGGAUUAUGCGGUGUUCUCGUUGCUCUGGGUACUGGUAUUCAAGAAGCUAAAGAAGAGUCCCCAGAAACAUGGAUUAUUAGACUGCGCUCCUUCGAUUGGAUAGGUCUUGUUUGUUGGGCACCAUUCACCAUUUGCCUGCUUCUCAUCAUACAAUUUGGCGGCGCUCAAUACCCCUGGAGCAGCCCACAACUCAUUGUCCUCUACAUUCUUGCAAUUUUUACACUUCUCCUCUUCACAUACAGCCAGAUUUACCUUGGAGAAGGGGCAACUGUUCCACCACGAAUAAUUACACAGCGCAGCAUGAUCUGGGGCUCCAUAUUUGAGUUUCUUAUUGGUGGUGCGAGCCAAAUGCUACAGUACUUCCUACCCAUAUUCUUCCAGGUUGUACAGGGAAAGUCUGCCCUUGGCUCCGGCACAGCCAUUUUGCCACUGCUAGUUUCUUACACCCUGUCUCUGACCCUGACCGGGGUGGCUAUCUCCGUGGUUGGAAAAUAUGCACCUUUCAUGCACAUUGGGAGUGCAAUUGCUGCAGUUGGGAUGGGACUUCUGAGCACCAUGACAGUGCACUCCUCUCUUGGUCAAUCCAUCGGAUUUCAGAUUCUAUGCGGUGUAGGAGUUGGCUUAGCCUUGGACGGCCCGCAGCUUGCUGCACAGACUGUCUUCGACCAAACCGAUGUACCCGUGGCCCUGACCGUCGUGACAACACUGAUGAACCUGGGAGGGGCAGUAUUUGUUUCCGUGGGAAGCAGUAUUUUCAACAACCGUGCAGCAACCUUGUUGAAGUCGAGCGCACCUGGAUUGAGUGAAGCUCUGGCUGCAGGAACUGGUCUAACGGAAUUGGUAAAAUCGUUACCUGUUGAAAAACAAGAUGAGGUAAUCAAAAGCCUUCAAAUCAUCCUAUCCAAUAUAUUUCAAUGCGGGAUAGCGAUUGUGGUGCUUUCAUUUUUUGUUUCGUUAGGCGUCGAAUGGCGAUCAGUGAGAAGCAAGAGCCCUUUGGAUGUCAGUGACAAGGAGCACUCCGUGAUAGCAGAAUCUGGUGACAGUGAGACCAAAUAA